AUGGACAUCGAAGAGCAGAGCAGCAAGUUCGCAAUCCAUGCGGCUUGCAGGGAAGGACAGACACAAAAAGUCGAAUCGCUCCUCCACGCCGACAAGAAGCUUGCUACUCGUCGCGACGAUGACGACCGCCUUCCUCUCCACUGGGCAGCGUCCUACAACCGCCUCCCCAUCGUAGAACUCCUCUCAGAUCAGAAAGGCUUCGAUGUAGAUGCGCAGGAUGGAUCAGGAUGGACAGCUCUCAUGAUGGCAUCCAGUGUCAAGGAUGGCGAUGCUCUUGUCGACUUCCUAUUCACCAAGCGCGCGGAUCCCGACGUCAAGACGAACAAUGGGCAGACGGCACUGCAUUUCGCAUGCUCGAAAUCGAAUCUCGAUACGGCAAGAAAGCUGAUCGCGAAAGGCGCAUCUGCGAGAGUCAAAGACAAGAGAGGACAACUACCGCUUCAUCGAGCUGCAGCUGUUGGCAAUGUUCCCAUCGUGAAGCUACUUCUCGAGAGCCGCAGCCCGGUCAAUGGCACAGAUAUGGAUGGAAGUACAGCUCUGCAUCAUGCUAUAGCAGAAGGACACGGUGACACUGCGCUUCAGCUGCUGAAGGCUGGUGCGGAGAGUGACCAGAAGGAUGCCACGGGGAAAUUGGCAAUCCAGCUGGCGCCGGACGAGAAAGUGCGGAAGUACAUUCUUCGAGCGGCAGAAGAGGAAGGGAUUGAGGUGGCGCUGUCAUGAGAGACGGAGCCGAGACGGCUCACGGGAGAGCAUACAUCAAGGUGGUGCAGCAUUAUUGUAAAGGAGAUGAUGAGACGCGGCACUCCUCUUUGCAGGCAUGCCAUGGUCGUACUUGGCGCAUGCCGGAGAAAGGUUGAUGAAGGGAACAGAAGAGCGGUCAGUGAUGAUAGCGACAUACAGUUUAUUCAGAGACGGAGAGCAUGAAGCUUGCAUGUCACAUGAAGCACAUGAUGUUGACAACAGGUUCAAGGGAUGUGCAUGACUUACUGCAGGGCUUUCUGGUCAUUGAAAAUUUCAUCACUCGAUCUAGUGCUUGGAAAGGAGCACGUAGUAACGUUAGAAUAUGUUAUUACCUCUGGAGUCGAGGUGCUUGGC